AGUGAAACCAGGCACUUUAGCAUUUUCCGCUGGUAAACAGUCAGUAUCAACAGUAGGACCAUUUGAGCCAACAAUAAAUAUCAAUUUAUCAUCAGCAUUAAAUGUAAAGCAAGAAGCUGUGAAUAAUUAUUGA